AUGGUCUCUAAUCUUCAAACCAAGAGCAUCACCACGUCCGAUGGACGAAAAUAUACCUACGACUACGUCCCAGCAAAGGAAAACAAAUCAACCGUCCUUCUAAUUCAUGGCUACCCUGCUACCCGCCAUGACUGGAAGUACCAAAUCGAAGAUCUCUCCACAGCAGGCUACGGUGUCGUAGCACCAGAUUGUCUCGGAUAUGGAGAUAGUGACAUGCCCCUCGAGAUUGAAGCCUACAAUCUGAAAGAUAUGAGUAAGCAUCUAACAGAAAUCCUCGACAAUGAAGGUCUGGAUAAGGUUGUCGGGGUCGGUCAUGACUGGGGCGUCAGUAUUGUAUCACGCGCCGUUGUCUGGCAUCCUGACCGCUUUGAAAAGGUUGUUUUUCUCUCACUUGGAUAUGGCCCGCCGGGAAUCUUGUUGGAUAUCGAUACCAUCAAUGCGAAAAGCCUCAAAGAAUUUGGGAACAUGCCAUUUGGAUACUUUUACUUUUUCAAUUCUCACGAUGGGGCAAGUCUUGCUGCUCAACAUCUUGAGUCAUUCUUCCACUUAGUAUUCCCCGCCGAGAACCUCAAAUGGACAGAGAAUCUCGGUGCCCUAGGCGCAGCUCGUGCAUGGCUUAACAACAACACAAUCACCCCUCUGCCCAGCUACAUGACCGAAGAAGACAAAGCCGCCUGGAUGGCAGAGUUCAGCAAACCAAAUGCAACAGAGACGUCAAUGAACUACUAUAAAGCUCUUCUUCGCGGCGUCAAUGUCAAGGAUGAAGAGAAUUUGACCAAUGAGGAUCGUACCCUGCAUGUUCCCGUGCUCACUGUCGGUGGUUCGGAGGAUGUAGUUGCGCGUCCAGAGAACAUGGGCCUUAGUACGAGACCGUUUGCUGCUGCUGGAUGGACAGACAAGGUGGUCAAUGCGGGACAUUGGAUGAUGUAUGAAGAUCGAGAGGGACUGAAGGAUGCUCUGCUCGACUUUCUCAAGCAGUAA